UUGCUUGCUUUUGCGGUUGUUGUCUGACGAGAUUUUUAAGUACUUUUACAAUAAUACAAUUAAUAUUUUCCGAAAUGAGAUGAUAAAAUAUUGAUAUGUGGGAUUUUAAGGCGUGUACUGUGUGCUUUAGCACGGAUUGCAAGUUGUAUAAAAUUGACAGCGGACAGCUGCAAAAAGAGUACUAUUUGGUAUCGGGACUGGAGGCUGGUGAUUCGGUUGGAAUACCCCAAUUUUUAUGUGUGGAAUGCUCUGCGUAUGUGAAACGAUUCAUGAAAUUCCGAGACAAAUGUAAAAGGGCACAUUUUACUCUGAAAGAACUACUCAAAAGCAACAAACAGAUAAGUAAACCAAACCUUGAGGCAAUUGACCGUGAACACAUAGAUAUUAUGCCUAAUUUGUCAUACUUAAGUCUUGAUAAAAUUCACUAUGAAACAAGUAAAUUUAAAUGGGACAAACACAACCGGCUAAAUGUAAUGAUUGAUGAUGAAAUACCUAUAUUCCACUGUAGUACACUAGCCUUGGAAAAUGAAUUUGAAGUGCCUAGAAAAAAGCGGAGAUUAUCCACAACAUCUAUUAAAGUAGAAACUGAAGAAUUGUUAAAUCAUAGUUAUGAACAUUUGGCAAUCAAAUCAAGUGAAGAUUAUGUUGAACAGUCAACAUCAAAUGCGAAUGAUGAUGCAGAUUUUUAUUUUGAUAAUGAUAAUCUUGAUAAUGAUGACAACGAACUAGAUACUUACCUACCAUGUAAGGAGGAACGUAAAGAUAACAAUGAGGUAGAUGGUUCCAAUUUAGAAGAAGAAUAUGCAAGUGUGAUACCAAUAUCAAUGAAAGAAGCAAGGGCUGUUGUGGAAGUAUAUAAAAUGUUCAGUAUGGGCAAGUUUCGGUGUCAAGUCUGCGACAAAUCAUUUUAUAGUGAGGCUCGUUAUAAUUCUCACAUAAGGAUGCAUGACCAGCACACCAGUGGAAAUUUUAUAUGUAUAUUGUGCCAUAUGUGCUAUAAAACUGAGUUCUUGCUUAAAACACAUAUGACUGAGAAACAUAUGUAUAAGUAUGUGUGUAGAAAAUGUCCGGAAGUCAGCUUCGACAGAAUGUCAGCGAAACAGCAUUUCAUCUGGGCGCACCUACAGAAAGGCAGUAAGAAAUACGCCAACUGGUACGAGUGUCGGCCAACUUGGCUCUGUAACAAGGGUGGCCGGCGAGUGAAGGGUGUGGCAACCCUCCGUCCAGUAAGGAAGAUAAACAAGUUGCCCGAUGACUUCCCCGUAUACACUCCUGUGAGCCAGGAGGAACAGUAUCAGCUCAUUGAAGAGAGGAAGAAGAGCAGGAAUUAUCUGGAAGCUUCGUACAAGUGUGAGUUGUGCUACCGAGGGUACAGAGAAGCCAGUACUUACUCAAGGCACAUGAUUAAACAUGACCCGGCGUUUUCGGGCAAGCUACAGUGCGACAUGUGCAAGUUAUACUUCAAGGAUCAGCGGAAAGUAUACAAGCACAUGAUCAUAACUCACCUCUUCAAAUAUACCUGCCAAGUGUGCAGCUAUGUCUGUUACAACAGAGGCCAAGCUCACAUACAUUACCGGUGGCACAAAAAUGUUACAUACAGCUGUCCACAUUGUAAAAAGGAGUUCAAGAAAGCGUCGACUCGUCUCACACACGUCCGCAUCAAACACCCGUCGUCCAACAUCUGCAACCUGUGCGGGCACAGCUUUGUCAGCGAGAAUGGACUCUAUUGCCAUAAGAAAAUAUCUCAUAGUAAAGAGGAGUUGGAAGCGAGCGAGGGCGUCGAGCCGGACCCAACGCACCCGCAUUACUGCUUCGACUGCGACGUGCAGUUCUUCUCUGACCACGCGUACCAGACACACCUUGGCAGCUCCAGCAAACACGCCACUACUAACACUUCGAGCAAGCCGCCGCGUCUCACGCGCACAGGAGAGCGCAAGCGCCGCGGCCGACCGCGGAACGGAUCUUCAGAUAUUGUCAACAACGGGGUACCCACCGCUACACACUGCGAGAUUUGUAACAAGUUCCUGCUGAACGACGUUCAGGCCCGCAAGCACUACGAGGCGGAACACCCCGGGGCGGAGUUUCUCAAACGAUACAUGUGCGACGUCUGCGGACACACCACCAGGCAAUACGCGAAUCUGAUGGUGCACAUGCGUACACACACCAAUGAGAAGCCCUACGAAUGCCCGCACUGCGACCGCCGGUUCAGCAUGCCGAGCAACCGAGAUAGACACCUUGUUGUACACACGGGUGAGAAGCGCUACCAGUGCCAGCACUGCAACCGGCGCUUCACUCAGAGCAGCGCCGUCAAGCUGCACAUACAGACCGUGCACCUCAAGAUACCCUACGCGCCCUGGGACAAGAAAAAUCGCAAGCGACGCAAGGAGUUAGAAGGCACGUCGGCCCCCGCGAGCGCGGCGCCGCCCGCAGCCUGCCUGCAGCCGCCGCACAAGCUGCUACUGGACGCGCAGGGGGACUACCUCAAUGCCUACAUCACUUACAAUGACGAAUAAUACUGCACGCAGAUGUAGAUGCGCGCUGGCCUAGCGAUGAGGAGGAUGGUGAAAGAAUACGUCGGCUUAACACAAUAUGAGGUCACGACUACAUCAUAAUUGGGCUUGUCAGAGGUAUAUCCAUCGCAAGAUGAACUAAUUACCCACGCGUCAACAAGUUUUCUGUUAGACUUAAGUCUACUCAUGGUAUAAUAAAACAAGGUAUGCUCAUAGUCUACUCAUGGUAUAAUAAAACAACGUAUGCUCAAUCCUAUAAAAAGCCGCCAUUGUUACAUGAGUGUUACCAUUAAAUUGCUAUCUCCAACAUUCCAAGGACUUAAAUUUUAUUAUCGAAAAUUAAGCGAAUUACUGACUAACGUACUUAACUACUAUCAUUUGACGCAUAUAUAAGAAUAACUAUAACCGUAAGUAAAUCUUUUACUAAAAGUUCAAAGUUGCUAGCAAAAUAAAUGAAUAAAGUUUGAGGAGCUCGGUGGCGCAGCGGUAAUCGCGCUCGGUCUGCGAUUGUUGAAGUUAAGCAACUUUCGCAAAGGCCGGUCAUAGGAUGGGUGACCACAAAAAAAAAGUUUUCAUCUCGAGCUCCUCCGUGCUUCGGAAAGCACGUUAAGCCGUUGGUCCGGGUGCAUUAGCAGUCGUUAAUAACCACUAAUCCGCACUGGGCCCGCGUGGUGGUUUAAGGUCCGAUCUCCCUAUCCAUCCAUAGGGAAGGCCCGUGCCCCAGCAGUGGGGACGUUAAUGGGUUGGCGAUGAAUAUUUUUUCUAGGGUGAGAUGGAGUCAGCGCGGCUAACCUUGAAAUGUUAUUUGUCAGUUUUGAGCAUACCUUGUUUUAAUAUACCAUGAGUCUACUUACGCCGUUAUGUAGUAACUGUCUGUCUUGCCCGCACGCACGGGGUAAGGAGACACGCGGUACCAUAUUUUUGUAUAGAGUAUCCAGGCUGGCAACACGCCUAUCUCCCACCGGGGUAAGCAGAGACUAUGGCAACUUGUAAGCUUCUAGAAAAUGUCAAAGCUGCAUAAAAAGUGUCAGGACUUUUUGGAAAGUCAAUUAUCUUUAGGAGUGAAGUUAGUAAGAAAUUCAUUCGGAAUUCAUAUGUUAGGAACCUCAAAAUAAUAUGUGUAAUUGCUUCUUGAUAUUCCGAAUUCGGUUAGAUCGUCUGGCAUUAAGGUUUAGCGUGGCUUGCAACCGUGACACACGAAAAAUGUAUGGAAAAUACAUGACAUACAUAUAUAAAUUUCCCCCUAUGUCCCACCGGCGUAAGCAUACAUGGAAUUCCAUUUGCUCCAGACAUACUUCUCUUGCUUCCUCCACAUUAUUUAAUUGUUUCAUACACGCACGUCGGUUCAGAGUAGAAAAUACAAGAGUACUGCCUGAAUUCCGUCCUUGUUGGCACAGUCAUAUAUGUAAGUUUAACGAUCCGAUGAUAUAUUAUCAAGUUUCUAAUACAUACACACAUAAACACGCCCGUAAUCCCUAGUUGGGUUGGCAGAGCCGUAACUUAUCAGACGACAAGUUGCAACCAUAUUUGUUGCGAAGUUCUUGUCUCCAGUCGCCUGGAAUGAAUUCCUGUUAGGCAAUAAGGCCGCCAAUUGUGCUGUAAUAUUUCUUGUGUAUGUUUUUAAAUGUUUCGUGUAUGUGUGUGCAAUAAAUAUUAUUUGAUUUGAGGUUAUGAGUAAGUAACUAGUAAUCAGAAAUCAUGCAACACAAAAAAAUAUUGUGUAAAGGUUAGUAUUGGCCAUUUUAUAAUUUUUAAUCAGACUCAUUUUAUGAGACUGUUUUUACUCAGUUUUCACCGACUCCGAAAAGUGAGGAGGUUGUAUGUUCAACAGUUUUUUUCCCUUUCAAUCUUCUGGCAAGGUUUAUAACAUUUCGUCAUUUUACGUCUGGAAUCAGAACUAUUUUUGAUCAAGAAAGUCGAUACUUACUAGGAUUACCUACCUAAGGAGUUCCACAGAAUCCAUUUUAAUAAGAUCGCUUUAUAGAUUUAAGAGCUUUUUAAACUUAAGACUAAAUAAUAUAAUGUUUAAGUUGAAAUUGAAUCUCGACUCAGAACGUCAUUAUUAGCUAGUAAACAUAAAUAUUCAGUAAUCAUUUAGAAUGCAAUACAAUGUAGCCUUUGUACACUAGUGUACUUAAUGUAUUUAUAAACGUAGUUGGAAAUAAUUUGAAUGUAUACUAUAUUAUUCUACCUAUAUGAAUAUUAUUUGGAAUAUUUUUAAUACACAUUAUUCGUCAUUA